AUGGAACCUGGAACGACUCCAUCGCCUGUUGCAGCCCCGGUUGCUGCGCCUGUGGCGCCACCAGCAGUGGCUACCCCUGUCCAAGUAGUUAGCCCCGCGGCAGUGGCUCCCGCACCAGCGGCACCGACUGCAGUCACUCCAGUUGCUGCCCCGCCCCCGGUUGCAAGUGUGCAACCGGCCACAGUUACUGUUCCUGAUGCUCCUGCUGCAGCUCCAGUUGCUGCCGCACCCGUCGCUUCUGCCGCAUCUGCGGCGCCUCCAGUUGUUGCAGCUCCAACUAUGCCAGCAGCAAGUCCAGUUUCAGCACCACCCAUUGCUGUUGCCCAGAUUCCGGUUGCUGUUUCAGCACCAGUGGCACCACCCGUUGUUGCAACACCAACUCCUGUUGCUCCAAAUCCUGUUGCCCCAACUCCUGUUGCUGCGCCUGUGAUAGCAACACCACCUGUUGCUGCCGCAGCUUCUACUCCGGCUGCAGUUUCGACACCCGUGGCGCCUCCAGCUGUUGCGACUCCGAUAGCUGCUCCUGUGAUCGCCACACCAGCCGUGGCUGUUGCUAACACCACGGUUCCCGUUGCAACACCUGUUGCUGCUGCAGCAGCACCACCAGUGGCCCCAGCAGCUGUUCCUGUUGUUGCUCCAGUUGUUGCGCCAGCCGUUGCUUCUGCUGCUGCUCCCGUCGUAGCAGAGACUCCAGCUCCAGCGAUCGCCCCACCUCCUCCAGCUGAGACUCCGGUUGCUGCUGUACCGGAAUCCGUUGUUUCUGCCAUCCCCGAGGUUCCCGCUCCUGUUGUCGCAGCACCAUCCGUUGCUGUUCCCGAGACUACGGUCGCCGCAACUCCCAUCGUUGCAACAACGCCACUAGCUGGAGCAGAGCCAGUGGCCGUUGCACCACCCGCUACUGAAAUCCCAGUCGCUGCCCCGACUGCAGCUUCGCCGCCUGUGUCUGUUGCAGCACCUGUGGAGGCUGCAGUGGUCGCUCCUGUGAGCACUUCGACAGAGGCUCCGGUUGCUGCUGCAGCUCCAGCAACUGUACCAGAAACCCCUGCCGUUGUCCCACUCGAUGCCGAGUCUCCAGUUGCUGCGGAUCCUGUUGUAGCUGCACCUACUCCUGCUCCUGCCUCGGAGCCAGAACCCAUUGCACCUCCUGCUGUUGCAGAAGCCCCAGAAGUUGCUCCAGUGAUCGCUGCAUCACCUGUUGCUGCUGCUGAAAUAACACCACCAGUUGUGCCUCCUCCUGUGGCCGAAGAAUCAAUACCAGCUCCAGUCGUUGCCGCGACUCCAGUUCCUGCGGCACCAGCUGCAACGGAGCCGGUGGUCAUUGCACCUGCUGUUUCCGAAGCAGCUCCAGUGAUCGCUCCAUCACCCGUUGCUAGUGCUGUUGCUGAAACUCCUAUUGAUGUAACGCCUCCUGUUGUCCCUCCUGUGGCUGCCGAACCCGUACCAACGGCAGUCGCUGCCGAGACUCCAGCUCCUGAGACCCCAGCACCAGUUGCAACAGAAGCAGUGACCACUGCGUCUACAGAUACACCAGAAGUUGCUCCUGUCAUCGCAGCACCCGCUGAUGUACCCGCUGAAGCUCCGGUUGCCGCAGCUCCCAUCGUUUCUACUCCACCGACUACGGCUUCGGUUCCCGAAAGCACUGCACAGCCCGUGCCUACGGAAUCUGUCGAUGUUUCUGUACCAUCAGAGGCCGCUGUCGAAGCCACGCAGCCAGUUGCACCGCCUGCCGAAGUUACAACAGAAGUUACAGUUGCAGACUCUGCCGCUCCUGAGGCAGCUGCUGCUUCAAUUACCGAGCCAGUGGACCCACCUAUUCCUGAUUCGGUUGAACAAAUUACUUCCGCGCCAACUGUUGAAGUCUCCGCAGCAGCAACAUCUUCGCCCGUACCAGAAAUCUCAUUACCACCGCCAACUGAAGCAGUCGCUUCUCCAGAAGUAGCUGUCGUUGCAGACACAGCUUCGGUGCCCAUACCCGAACCGGAUCCAAGUCCAGCGACUCCUGCAGAAUCGAUACCUGUGGAGACGCCAGUCGCUAUUCAGGAACCGGAGGUUGCCGUAGAAGAGCCGGUUACAGAAACUCCAACACAGAUUCCAGAAACUGCUGCUGAGAUUCCUGAACCUGUACCAGAAAAAGUCCUGGAUCCUGUCACAGCUGACGCUCCUACAACAACUCCAGAACCAGAGGUUGCCACCAUCAAUGACGCUCCUCCAGCUGCCGAAAUCACCACAGCCGUUGCUGAAAACGUUACUGCCGCUGCAGAAGUAGCUGUUCCAGCGGAAUCCAAUGUGGAAUCAGCCAUACCGGUCACUGAACCACCGGUUGCGCAAGAGAUUCCUGCAGCCGAAAUUUCAGAGACGGUGACCAAACCAGUGGAGGUUGUGGUUGAACAGAGCACCAUCCCUGUAGAGACAGCGGUCUCGGAAGAGGUUUCAAAAUCUGCUGAACCAGGGAUUUCUGAAACUCCAGCUGCCGAAGAACCAAUUACGACAGAGGAAACCCCAGUAAAUAUUACUGUGGAAUCUUCUGAAGAUGUUCCCACUAUUGAAGAGAAACCAGUAGAAGAAAUCCCCGAACAGUCAUCGUCACCCCCAGACACCGUUCCCGUGGCAAAGAUAACUCCUUUGCUUAGGGAACUCCAGACCACCGAUGUUUCGCUAUUGGCCAUUGCCGCCACACUGGAUGCCAUUGGAGAAAAGCUAAAGGACCAAAAGGCCAGAAAUCAGCAAGUAAUGGACAGACUGUGCGAAAUCGAGAAGAUUCUUGGCCCUCCCAAAUCCAAUUAG